CGUGUUUCAUGAUGAUAAGUUACGAGUAACGUUGAAAGUUAGGUAUUGUUUUCGGAAUUAAAGAUUGCAAUCUGUUGGUGAACAGGGCAACAAGCUUAAAAACUUCCUGUCCCAAGCGGUUGAAUAUGGUACUUGGUUAUGACCCAGAUACGAUAACAAAAUCGACGUUCAUUCAUCAUAUUGCUUCUGGAACACUAGGUGGUGCUGUCACACGGGCACUCAUCUCUCCUUUUGAUGUCGUAAAAAUCAGAUUCCAGCUCCAAUCUGAGGCGGGCAAGGCAAGAAGAUACCGCGGACUCUUUCAAGCAACGAGAGUUAUAUUCAAAGAAGAAGGGGUAACUGCAUUCUGGAAAGGCCACAUACCGGCUCAAUGGCUGUCUAUGGUGUAUGGAGGAGUCCAGUUUUGUGCGUUUGAAUUCUUCACAACGAUUGUACAUCAGAUCUUACCCCACUCUCGCCAAGAGACUGUGAAAAAUAUGACAACUCACGGAGUGUGUGGUGCGUUAUCUGCGAUCGUAGCGACUAUUGUAGCGCAACCACUGGAUGUUUUACGGACAAGAUUCGCUGCUCAAACUGAACCGAAAAUGUUUACAUCAGCGACCAGAGCGGCAUUUUUCAUGGUUCGGCAGGAAGGAUAUUUCUCUUUAUACCGUGGUUUGAUUCCGUCUCUAGUUCAAAUCGUUCCAUUCUCAGCUAUGCAAUUUGGUAGUCGUUCGUUUUUUGAAGCAGUUUGGAUUCGCCACGGUUUGAAACCAGGGAAUUUCAGUGAAUUUAUAUGUGGAGGGUGCGCUGGUUUACUUGCCAAGACAUUUGUUUAUCCAUUAGAUGUUGUAAAGAAAAGAUUACAGAUCCAGGGCUUUGCGGCUCCAACAGUCAGUCAAAUUCGUCACUAUCGAAGCUUUUUUCACUGUUUCAGUGCAAUAUGGAGACACGAAGGCUUUUUAGCUUUUUUCAAAGGAUUCAAGGCGGCUGCUUUGAAAUCAUCUCUAACGUCGGGACUCGUUUUUGCCACUUAUAGGUUUUUCAGGGAACAAUUUGAACCAGAAAAAACUGAUAGUGGUGGAUGAUUUAAGUUGAUGAUUACGAAUUUCACAUUCAUCGUGCGAGAAAGGAUAAGACGACUCAAUCAUGUGGCGGACUCUGGCCUUCUGUACCGUUACCAGUUCAUGUCAAGUAUGGGCUGUUAAUCUUAUAUGUAUGGACUUGAUGGUGGAGGAAUCCAACCAACGAGUAUGUUAACCACCCCCUGGCGGAGGCCAGCAAUCCUCUCACAAAUAAUUCUACCGCAUAGGAUUCAAACUUGUGCAGAGUAAUCAGGGGGGUACUUCCGUAGUAUGUGUACCUGGUAAGGGUUUGGCCAUAAUUUCUUUAAUAGCCAAGUGAAUAUACCCCCUUACCCAUAUGUUUUAGUUCCUUUACGCAACUUGAUGUAAAGUAGGCGAACAGAAUUAGUUACCUCCAUAUUGGUACAUACACUUCUGGAGCUUCAUCAGAGGUGUAUUAACUUUGUGCUUAACACGAUGUGCCAACCGUCAAGCUAAAUUUGAACUAAAGAAAAAUUAAAUCCAAUUCUGUGUCAUUUAAGUUCAAUGUCUCCUGGUUUGUUCAAAGUUGACUGAAUUAAAUCCGAGCUCAGCUAUUGUGAUAUCUGAUAAACCAAACGAUGGUUGAAAAUUUUGGCUUUUUUAGGCUCGUUUUUCUGCUAUUAGAAACUUUUAAUUGCAGAUUCAGCUCUAUUCCAAAAUAGUUAGUUAACUCGGAACUUGAAGAGAUUUGACUCUGUAAUUCUCUAAAAUUCGUGGCUUAGAAUUUGUGGUGCCCGAGCCCAGAUUCAAAACCAAUGACUCCUACUAUCUGUUUUUUGUUGGACAGGGACCCAAUAACUUUUAUUUGAUAUUUAGAAAUAUUAUUUUAAAUGUGUUUGUACAUCUUUGAUAAAAUAUUAGAAAACUUAGAAUUAUAAUCGUUCACCAUUUUUGGCCCCUGGUUUAAAAACCUUGCCCCCCCCUGUUAUAGACACUAGAAUUAUUGACUAGAGACAAAAUUAUUCGUCAAAGACUCAAGAGUGACUCAAAAACUAAUCGACAGCGAGAUAAUCAAUAUUUGGUUAGAAUACAGGACUCGACUUGAUGUUAAACUUGACUUGAGGUUCAGGGACUCUUUUACCCAACACAUGUCAAUAUGCCAAACUACUGCUCCAAAUUUUAAAAACCAACUUUAUGUCAGUAAAGAGUUAUCUUGAAUUGCAAAAUUAUGUUUAGUAUAUAUUGUGAUUUUAAUUGCUUCUGUAUGUUAAGCGAAGCCAUUUAUUUGCUGGUUGAAAGGCUACCAAGGGCGCAGUACAAAAAUGGUUCUUCGGCUCUAUCAGUCCCAUGUUAAAAAAAAUAAUUUUUGGUAACAGAAGCUUCUGCAUUUGCUUGCUUUCUUUGUCUGUUGAAAGUGCUGAAUCAACUUGGUGCUCCUGCUUUGUUAUUGUUGGUCAGAUUACCCAAGUCUCUUUUGAAAAGCUCUUUAUUUAUUCAUUCAUAUUAAGUUCCAUAACUGUAUAUUUUACUCAAAAACAAACACUGAUGAGGUAGCAACUAGAAAAGUUACUACCAGGAUGGUAACUUCUGACCACUCAGUAUUUCCCUACCUUUCUUGAUAAAUUUCGGACUACUAUUUCGGACUACUCUCUCUCACUGUGCCUGAAAUCUCUGUUUUCGUUAUUUGUUCAAUCUAGCUAGUUUUACAUUCAAGUUAUACUCUCUAGCCCAAGGUUUCCCAAACUGGGGUUCGUGAUGACUGUGCAUGGGGUCCGAAACGAUAUGAAAAGAGUUUAUAAUGUAUAUAAAUAAAUCACAAUAUCAUUGAAUUUUCGUUAGCCUGCCAGUAUUCAACGUUAGUAUGUAUUGAUUUAGACUUUCAUGAGUUUUAUUUCAUCAAAGAAACAUUAUCCUUCCUCAUUGGUUAGGCACAGAAAUUGAUACGGCAAAGGAUGGGUGUCCGUCAAAAAUAAGAUUCGCAAACAGUGGUUCCUGGCUCAAAAAGUUUGGGAAACCCUGCUCGAGCCCACCGAUUCUUAACUAGUAAGCCCAGCAGUGGGCCACAGUAGCAUUUCCAUGUGUGCCACAAACCUAUUAAAAAUUGGUAGACUUGUUGCUAAAUUUAGUUGAAUUUGAUGGUAGUAAUGAAUGAUGAUGCUGUUUUUUGUUACAGGGUGGUAUUUUUCUCUUAAUUAUUAGAGUGAAGCUGUCUAUGUUUGCAGAAAGAAUUUUUUUUUUCGUUGUAGUCAUUCCCUAGCUUGAAAAAGUCAAUGGGCCACAUAAUUUUUGCACAACAAAAAUGGGCCACGAAAAAACAAGGUUGAGAACCACUGCUCUAGUCUUUAUACACUGAUACAAAGCAGUUUUCAACACUCAACCAACAAAAAUUGUCCCUCCCGGUUACGAAUUCCUGUGUUUUCGUCUUUGUUUAAUUAACGAUGGAUGAACUAUGAUGGAUGCUUAGCUUGUUAAUUAGUUAGUAAUACGCACAACUCACACCCAGCCUUUCGUACAGUUUGAAUAGUUUAUAAAGUGUGGUGCAUAAAUAAAUACUACUCCCCUGGGGAUGAACUCUUCUCUAGUGCGGGAACAUUGACUUAGCCGCUGCCCACUGGGCCAUCCACUGAUACUGUAUUAAUUCACUUUUAAUUCUUGCCAAGCUGUAGCAACGAAUAUAUUGCGCAAUUCUUGCUUCCAUUGCUAUGUUUAUUUUGAAUAUUUAUUGUUGCCAUUGUUACCUUGAUUUAUUGCAUUUUUUAAUAAUUUUAUCUACAAAGAA